AUGUCCCUCGCUGCCUACAGAAAUUUGAUGCGCGCCGCUCGCAUCGCCUUUCAAGGCGAUGCGCCCGUGCUCUCGGCAGCCCAGACACAAAUCCGCAACGAAUUCCGCCAGCGGUCGACCAUCUCCGAACCAAGCGAACUCCAGGACGCUGUUGCUCAUGCCGAGUCUGUGGCGCAGAUAUUGAGGCAGAACAUCGUGCAAGGCAAGCAGACCGAGGACGACGAGAACAGCUACAAACUUCGGAUACACAAGGACACCGAGCGAGGCGACAACGAGAGCAUCAAAACGGCUGGAAAGGGCCAAAAUGGGGGCACCGGGUGCUGCAAAUCUCAGUAG